UGGCAGCUCCUGGGUAGGUGACGUCACGACACUCAAUCUCAGUCAGAUGCAGCAGAACAGGACAGACAUCGCAAAAAUAAAUUCUCUAAAAUAAGGUUGACCCGGACCUUCCACCUGGUGCAGAGGCCUGGCGCCCACUGAGGAGGCCUGAACUGGGUGGGAGGAAGAAAGCACGAUGAGCGGGAACAACACGCUUCUGAAAGUCAUUCUGCUGGGAGACGGCGGCGUGGGGAAGUCCUCCCUGAUGAACCGCUACGUCACAGACCGCUUCGACUCGCAGUCCUUCCACACCAUCGGCGUGGAGUUCCUGAACCGGGACAUCGAGGUGGACGGGCGCCGGGUCACCCUCCAGAUCUGGGACACGGCGGGCCAGGAGCGCUUCAAGUCGCUGCGCACGCCGUUCUACCGGGGCGCCGACUGCUGCCUGCUCACGUUCGCCGUGAACGACCUGCAGAGCUUCCAGAACCUCGGCUGCUGGAAGAAGGAGUUCCUGUACUACUCCGACGUGAAGAACCAGGAGCGCUUCCCCUUCGUGGUGCUGGGCAACAAGGUGGACGUGGAGCAGCGGGAGGUGGGGGAGGACGAGGCGCGGGCCUGGUGCGAGGAGAACAGCUGCUGUCCUUAUUUUGAGACCAGYGCUAAAGAUGACACGAAUGUCACGGCUGCGUUUGAGGCGGCUGUCAGGGAGGUUUUGGCUGCUGAGGACCAGAUAGGGCACACGCUGUUGACCAGUACCAUUGAUCUUCACGGCAACAGAAAAGCACCUCGUUCCUCCUGCUGCUGAGUGUGCAGUUCCCAAUACCUCGUGUCCUAAAGUUCCUGGCUAAAACUGGCCAGUAUUGGUCCUGACAGCAGGUGUCCAGUAGGGUUAGGGUACUGAUAACGACAUCCAUGGACGGUACACAGCUGCUCUAAGGAAAGGGGCGUAUCCAGGAUUUUUUUUAGCUGAUUGGUUGAUUGUUGAAUGAUUGCGCUUAUGAAGGUACGACAUCUUGUGUGCUCUUUCAGUGGUAUUACACAAAAGGUUUUCGCUCCGCUUCUGCCUCUGCUUAUACAGAGGCCAUAUCAAAUGUUGCAAUGAAGCAGUUCCUUCACUUAAUGAAUUAAUAAUAUGAAACAAAGACCAGUCCUCUCUAGCAGAACUCGUCACACAGUAAUAUACGGUUGCUCCUCUGACGGCUCAUAUUUCUGACCUUCGUUUCCUGACGUUUUAAGGAUCGACUCCCCUCAUCGUGCUUUUUAUGAUCAACUGAAGGGACACUACAGGUACUUUCUUUGUGAUUGACAAGUCUCCCCAAGCUGUGGAGACCCCCACAAUCAGUGUCAUUUAAUAUGAGGUACAAUGAAUUUCAAAUAUUUCUGCCUUGGAAAGGAAGAAAAGCUCAUUUGCUUUCGUCGUUCCAACUUUGAGCUUUGGGUACAGGCUGAUGUGGUACUCAAAAUGAUCCAUAUCUUUAUUUUCUUUUGCAGAUGCACUGUGAUGUGGCUGGUUGUACCAGGGAAUGAGUAUUCAUUUUUUAUCUUUUGUUAAUGGGAUUGUUUAUUUCGCAAGAAAAUUAACUUUUUUUUUUACAAAGUUCAAUUUAGUGUAGCCUCUGGUACUAUUGAAUGUUUACUUUGUGAAACACAUUUCCGUUCGUCCUACAAAUGUUUCCUUUUUCUUCACUUUCUGUUCAAUAAUUGAGCUCAGUGUUUGAUCAGACAUUUUAACCCCCCCACCGCCGCCCCUCCUGAUGAGUAGAAGAGCUUUUAAUUAUAAAUGACAUCCUUGUAAUGCUGCGUCUGCCUUGAUGAUUGCGUAGUUGGCCUUAACAUUCCAUUCUUUUAGCUUUGCCUUGCCCGAGGGUCUCCUGUGCACAACUGAUAAAUGACACACACCUCGUGCUGUCAGCGCGGCCAUUAAAGGUCUUAGCUAAAUGUGAAAUAGCUUGAAUUACUUUGUGUAUAGAUUUUACAUCGCCUUCCUCCUUUGAUACAGUAUUUUGUGAAACGUGCUGAGUAUUCGAACAUGUUUACCCCUGAGUUUCA